GGAACCAGACAGAGCAGCCAUGCUGGAGGCACUGGGCUCCCUGGUGCCUUCCCUCUGGACCAUGCUCCGUCCUGGCACUGUCUUACUGGGAGCCCUUGUCUUUCUCCUCUUUGCUGAUUUCCUCAAAAGGCAGCGCCCGAAGAACUACCCUCCAGGGCCCCUGCGCCUGCCCUUCAUAGGCAACUUCUUCCAGUUGGACGUGGGGAAGGGGAACCUGAUUCCUCAGCAGAUUGUGAAGAAAUAUGGGAACAUUAUUAGCCUGGAUUUUGGUGUAGUUCAUUCCAUUAUUAUAACUGGAUUGCCCUAUAUCAAAGAAGCCCUUGUCUACCAGGAACAAAACUUUGUAAACCGCCCCAGGGUACCUCUUCAGAAACGUAUCUUUAACAAUAAAGGCUUGAUCAGGUCCAAUGGCCAGGUGUGGAAAGAGCAAAGAAGGUUCGCCCUGAUGACUCUGAGGAACUUCGGUUUAGGAAGGAAGAGCUUAGAGGAACGCAUUCAGGAAGAGAUCACCUACCUCAUCCAGGCAAUAGGAGAGGAGAACGCACAGCCUUUUGACCCUCACUUCAUAAUCAACAAUGCUGUUUCCAAUAUUAUUUGCUCCAUCACCUUUGGGAAGAGAUUUGACUACCGGGAUGAUCAGUUCCAGGAGCUGCUGAGGCUGCUGGAUAAGGUCUUGUGUCUACAGACAUCAGUGUGGUGCCAGCUCUACAAUGUCUUUCCACGGAUAAUGGAUUUCCUUCCUGGUCCCCACCAACAACUCUUUAGUAACUGGGAGGAACUGAAAAUGUUUGUUGCCGAUGUGAUUGAAAACCACAGGAGAGAUUGGAAUCCUGCUGAAAUGAGAGACUUCAUUGAUGCUUAUCUCCAGGAAAUAGAAAAGCAUAAAGGCAAUGCUACUUCGAGUUUCCAUGACGAAAACCUCAUCUACAGCACCCUGGACCUCUUCCUUGCUGGAACAGAGACAACUUCAACCACCCUGCGCUGGGGGCUGCUCUACAUGGCCCUGUACCCUGAAAUCCAAGAAAAAGUCCAAGCUGAGAUCGACAGGGUGCUCGGCCAAUCACAGAAGGUGAGCAUAGCAGCUCGAGAGUCCAUGCCCUACACCAACGCUGUCAUCCACGAGGUGCAGAGAAUGGGGAACAUCAUCCCCAUGAACGUGCCCCGGGAGGUGACAGUGGACACCACCCUGAAUGGAUACCACCUGGUCAAGGGAUCCAUGGUCCUGACCAACCUGACUGCACUGCACAGGGACCCCGCAGAGUGGGCCACGCCCGACACGUUCAAUCCAGAGCAUUUUCUGGAAAAUGGACAGUUUAAGAAAAGGGAAUCAUUUCUGCCUUUCUCAAUAGGAAAGCGGAUGUGCCUUGGAGAACAAUUGGCCAGGACUGAGUUGUUUAUUUUCUUUACUUCACUUCUGCAAAAAUUUACCUUCAAGCCUCCAGCGAAUGAGAAGCUGAGCCUAAAGCUCAGAGAAAGCCUGACCAACUCCCCAGUCAGCUACCGCCUCUGUGCUAUUCCUCGGGCCUGAAGUUGUCAAGACAGGGAGGGGAAGGAAAGCAAGAAGAAUGGGCCUGUCCCCCACCCCAAGGCAGGACGCCUGCUCAGAAGUGAGGGAGCAGCAUCCAGUGCCUCUAGGACAGGUCCCAGGAACUGGACUCAGAGGAAACUGGAUCCAAACCCCAGCUUUACCGUCUCCAGUGGGGCCUUGGGCAAAUCAGUUGAUGAAGCCCCCUUUGUUGUGGCAACUAAGAACCAUCUGAAUAAGCCAAUAAUCACCGUGCUUUCUAGCAUAAGGGCAAUGCUGAUUCAAGUUUGCAUGAAGAAAACCUCAUCUACAACACCCUGGACCUCUUCUUUUCCAGAACAGAGACAACUUCAACCACCCUGUUCUAGGGGCUUCUCUACAUGGCCCUGAACCCCGAAAUCCAAGAAAAAGUCCAAGCUGAGAUUGGCAGGGUGCUUGGCCAAUCACAAUAGCCAAACUCAGCCGUUCCAGACUCCAAGCCUACACUGAUGCUGUCA